AUGGCUGCCGUUGUUGCUUCUCACCACAUGGGUCUUUGGCAAGACCGAAGGGAAACACCAGCCCACAUUCCCAACAUGCACCUCUCCAACAUGAUGCCCUCCUACGACGCUUCGCGGACAGUCUCAAACGCUCCCGUCUCUCGCAGUUACCAACCAACUUCGUCUCACAUGGACAUCAACAUGCCUCUCUACUCAGCAAACGGACUCCCAACCUCAGUGCCAUACCAAUCAGGGGCUUUUGCCUACGAUCCCACCCCGGUAAAUGCGUACAACAUGCAACAACCAUCAUACUACCAAUCCAACAUUCAGCACCCUGUAUCAUACGCCCCGACCUCCGAUGUCCAGCAACUCCCCACUGUCCGAGAUGCGCGCAACGUCUUCAACAACAUGGUCAAGUCCGAGAGCACAUCACCAGUACAGUCGAACCCAAUGUACAACAACACUGGCUACUCAGCCGACAUCAAGCGCUCCACAUCAGAGCCAACUGAAGGCACCAGUGCUUCUUUCGCCACAGACGUCGACACCCUCAUGCGGGCCAUCCAGGCGAAGCAGACCACAACUCCCCAAGCAUCAGAGCCCAAGGAGGAAGCAGUCAAGGUUUCUCAGAAGCCCCGCAAGCGAUACCAGUGUACUAUCCCCAACUGCAACAAAAGCUUCUACCAGAAGACGCACCUUGAGAUUCACAUCCGUGCCCACACUGGCGCAAAGCCAUUCAACUGCAAAGCACCAGGUUGCGGACAGUCGUUUUCUCAGCUAGGAAACCUCAAGACACACGAGAGGCGACACACUGGCGAGCGUCCAUACAGCUGCGACAUCUGCGGCAAGACCUUUGCGCAACGCGGCAACGUCCGAGCACACAAGAUUGUUCACCAGCAAAUCAAGCCCUUCACCUGCAAACUUGACGACUGCGGCAAGCAGUUCACCCAGCUAGGAAACUUGAAGUCACACCAGAACAAGUUCCACGCAGCUACCCUUCGCUACCUCACCCAGAAGUUCGCAACCAUCACUUCCGGAGACUGGGUGUCCCAAGAAGACAAGGAGCUUUGGGAGUACUUCGCGUCGCUCUACAAGAACUCCAACAAGGGCAUCAAGGGUCGCGGCAAGGACCGACGCAUCUCGGCCAUGUCCUCGUCUGCAUCUUCCUACCCCUCAUCAUACGCCGGCAUGCCAAUGGUUCCCAUGUCAAGAAGUUACGCCGGGUCAUUCCACCAGCAAAGCAGUGACCGCAGCAGCCGCAGCUCGUCCAUGUCUUCCGACUCGCUGCACCGCGUCGACAGCGCAUACGACUUUGGCGCCCCGAUUCCAAACCCCUACCAUCAGCAGCCAGGCACUGGAUACGACGACAUGGUCUUCCCCGAGCGCAAGCUCUACUGA